CGCCCAGUAGCAGCAAGAUAUAUUUACAUACAAAUUAAAAGCAAUUAACGCCUGCUAAAACGACCCACUAAGUGUCCUUGGCGAGGACAGCGUGGGGCUGGAAAUGGAUGUAGCGCAUAGGAGCCGCCGCAGGGGACCCGGUAAAAAGGGCACGAUAAGCGCUGGAAAAUCGCUGGAAAAAUCAAUAUCCGCCCCGUCAGGAGCUCAGCACCAAAUGCAGCCAUAAGCCUUCUAAUCAAAGGAAAGAACCAAAAUAAAACAAGAGAUUCCAAUGACCUGGAGGGAGGGCUCGGCACCAAGGCAGCCCUUCAAGUGUGCCCGCGGAGGAGUAGCAAUGCAAAUGCACCCGUUGAAGGAAAACCCAGCGCCGGUGGUGGUGGUGGUGGUGGCGCACAGCCCUUGGUUCACCCCUAAGUUGGCAUUGCCAGCCGCUUUCGAGCCGCGGAUUAAGCGCUCAUGUCGUCGUCGUGGUGUCUACUAUUCUAGUGGUUGUUGCAAGUGCUAAGAGUGGAGCCCCAUUGAAGAGGUACCAGGGGCAGACGGAGUAAUGCUCGAUACCUAAGCCGAAUGAAUGCAACAAAUCACUAAAUAAGUCUUCCAAACAUAGUCAGUAAUUAAUUAGUAUAAGUCGCGAAGUGGAGCGAGCAAGUGCGCGAAGUAGCAGCAGCGGAGUAAACGUAAUAACCUAAGCAAUCGUAAUCCAAUGUCUCUUAAAAACUAUCCAACGUCUUCCAGAUGAUUAAGGAUUAUUUAAAAUAUCACGGGCUUUGCUAAAUGUAGCCAAAAGUGAAACCAAAUAAAUGCUAAUCCAUCGUCUUCCAAACGUAACCGAUGAAAUUAUAGCUAAAUAUAUUAAAAAGUAAAAGUAUUUUUGUAUUUAUAUAAAGCAUAAACACUCUGCUAAUCCAUUGUCUUCCAAUUACAUGGAUUUAAAUAUAUAUUAACGCAAAAAAAUUAAACAAACGCGAGGCAAAAAUUAAGAAAGGUAUAAUUAAAAUCCACUGUCUUCCAAUAACAUGGAUAUUUGAAGUUAAUAAUAAGUUUGAAUAAUGUCUUUUGAGAAUUAACCAAAAUUAAAGUGAAUGGACGCGAACGAAACUAAACUAUAGCCUGAAAUCCACUGUCUUCCUCAUACAUGGAUUAAAACUUAACGAUAAAAGCUUAUAACAAAACCUCUAAAUAACAUAAGUGAAUAACUUAAAAGCAAACAUGCUCUCCUCGGAGAUCUACAGCAACACCACGACAUCCACGGCUACGGCUGCAGUGGGAAGCACAGCGACUGCCUCGGUGGCCACUGCAUCCACGACGACAACAACGAUGGAAGCCACCACGGUGAAGGUGGUGAAACCAAAGAAACGCCGCAAGCGACGCAAACGCGCAGGUCACGCAAUCACCACCACCACCGCCACCGUAAAGAGCGCAACCAUCCCCAUUCCCGGUAGCAAACCGAGCAGUCCGCGUCCCCAAACCGGAGAGACCCCCUCCUCUGCUCCGGCUGCCACCUCAAAUGGGGCCAGGAAGACCAAGGCACCCUACUUUCAGCACGACAACCGGGAGUACCUGGCCAGGUACGAGAGCUUCCGAUUGACCGCCCACACGUGGAACUAUGCGGCGGUGGCCAGGAAGUUUAAGCCCUUGCGGCCGGCGUUGGCAAGCGGCGCCAACAAGACCAGGCGACCAGCAGUCUCCAAGAGGACUCAUCCAGACUGCGCGUGCGCUUGCCAACAGAAGGAGCAGGAGCCGGCACUUGAGCCGGCCCAGCGAACAGCUGAGCACUCCAUCCAGAAGGAGCUGCCUUCGUCACAGACGAAAAUUAAUAUCGAUGGCAGCGUCCUGCUCGAGCUGCUCAAGUAUUCCUCGAGCAACCUGCUGGAGACACUGCUGGGAGCCGGCAGUGCUAUGGCAACAAGUGCUCGCGACACCCAUCAAAUAGCCGAGGCUCAACAGCAGAAGAACGCCAAGCUGCGCGAGGCCUUCAACAUAUCCGAGUACUUUGUCGAGGGCAGCAGCUUCGACAGCGAUCGCAAGGCGAAGGAGGACCUGGCCAAAAGCGUGGCUCUCCAAAAGGAACUGGACGCCCAGCGCGAGAGCCUGGCAGCGGCGGCAGCUGCCGCAGCAGCCGGCAAGGACAAGGAGACCGGGAAGCGGUAUGCUCUAGUGCGCACUCCUUCCCGCGAACGGGAUCGCGAUGGUGGCGAUGCGGCGGCCAGUGGCGAUGAACGUGGCGAUCAUGUCUCCAAGACGGACAAGAAGAAGCGCAAGAAGCGCGCCAGAGAGAGUUCGGCCAGUCCUGAGCGCAAGAAGGACAAGAAGAAGAAGUCGAAGAAGCACAAGAAAGAGAGUAAGUCGAAGAAGAAAAAGUCGCGAAAGCGCAAGCACAGCGAAAGUGGCCGGGACAGCGACCGGGAUAGCGAUGACGACGACGACAGCAGCGAGGAGGAUCGACGCGAGUCGAAGAGUGCCCGCAAGAAGGCCAAGAAGGACAAGGAUAGCUUUCAAUGGCUCUCUUGUAGUUUUAAAAAGCGCGACAAGAAGCUGAAAAAGAAGUCACGCACACGGGCCAGUUCCUCGGACUCUGAGCGCUCCAACUCUCCAUCGCGGAAAGAGAACCAACCGGACAGGUCCCGUGGUGUAAAGACUUCCAAGUCCGAUGAGAAGGCUUCGCAGCAGGAAAAUGUCACGCGCAGCCGUUCUCGCGAGCGCAAGGAUACGAAAUCCAGGCCACUCGAAGCCUCCAUAGACAGUCGUCAUCACAAGGCAAGGGAACGGUCAGCGGCUACGCCACCACGCAAACAGCCGGAAAGGCAUCGAGAGCGCUCUAAGGAUAGGCAGCGGUCCAAGGAGAAGCACAGAUCGAGAGACAGACUGCGAUCUAAGGAAAGGCAGCGGUCUAAGGAAAGGCAGCGGUCUAAGGAAAGGCCGCGCUCCAGGGAAAGACAGCGAUCCAAAGAAAGACAACGAUCCAAGGAAAAACAGCGAUCUAAGGAAAGACAGCGGUCCCGGUCAAAGGACGUACUAAGAGGCAAGGAAAAACCGCAAUCCAAGGAAAGAGAAAGGUCCAGGGAAAGACGGCGCUCAAAGUCCAAGGAUAGACAAAGGUCCAAGGAAAAACACAGGCCCAAGGAAGAGAAACAAUCAGUGGACAAAAGGCGAGAUAGAUCCAGGGAUCGGUCAAAGGAAAAACAGCGCCCCAACGAGCGGCAACGUUCGAAGGAGAGGCAGCGCUCAAAGGAUAGACAUCGGUCAAGGGAGAGGCAGCGUUCUAAGGAAAGGCAGCUCUCCAAGAAUAGGCAACUUUCCAAGGAUAGGCAGCUCUCCAAGGAUAGGCAAGGAUUAAAGGAAAGACAACGGUCUAACGAGAGGAAACGAUCAAAAGAGAGACAGCACUCUAAGGAUAGGCAACGCUCAAGGGAGAGGCAGCCCUCUAAGGACAGGCAGCGUUCAAAAGAGAGACAGCGCUCUAAGGAGCCACAGCAAUCAAAGGACAGGCAACGUUCCAAGGAGAGACAGCGUUCCAGAGAACGUCCAGCCAAGGAACCCCGGCCCACACGAUCGCCAAGGGAGCGUAGUUCCAAAACGAGAGACGACCGCCGACAGCGGUCUCCUACCAACGCUAGCAGAAAGCGACAAGAUGACACUAAAUUAAGCCGCAAUUCCCGAUUCCAAUCACCAGCCCAUUCCCCAGAAGCGCCACCUAAGAAGUCGGUAACCGCACCAGCCUUCAAUCCCUUCAAGGCGGCGGAGGACACUGUUAACGAUAUCCUUGGCACGAAGUCGGUGAUGGUGGCCCUGGAACAGACUAAGCGCCAGCGAGCGGCUUCCAGCUCUAGCUCGGAUUCCGAAAGCUCCAGUAGUAGCUCGACUUCCUCGCGUACGCCAUCGCCUAAGCCCACCCCCAGGAAACAAAAGAAGAAGAGUAGGACACCAGAUCAAAAAGAGGUCAAGAAGGAGGUCAGCCCCAAGGAAGAGGUCCGCAGAAGCGUGAAGCGGGAGCAAUCCAACUCCCCGCAAAAGUCGAAGUCGAAGAGCAAGGUGGUCGACGCAAGUCCCAAGCCUACGAGGCGUCGUUCUCGCUCAGGUUCCUCUGAGUUGCGGUACUCGCCAGCUGAACGCCAUCCGGAACGCUACCGCGACGUCGUCCAGGACAAAAAGCGACCGUCCAAAGUUAGGGAAGCCCACUCGGCGAAACCUGCUCCAGUGGUCCGCCUGAGGGCGCAAAGCGACGACGGCAGCGAUGCCGAAACAGGAGUAGAUGGUGCCGCCUUGGAGGAAUUCCAGCAGAGCAGGCGCGAGCGCGAGGAACAGCAGGAACUGCGCAUGCUGGAGCAACUGAAGUCGGGGAUAGCGGCCAAGGCCAAGCAGAAGAUCAAGAUCAUGGAGAAAGACCCGGCCAAAGAGGGUAGCGAAGUAAGUGGCAGCGACCUGGUGACGGCUACUAAACGUAACUCGCUAAGCGAAUUCCUUGUUGCUAACAACGUGACCGCUUUGAUUAACCCACUGACUACAACCACGCUAACACUAACGACGACGCCCCCGCCGCCUCUGGCGGUGAUUCUGCCGCUGGAUCAGCGCCAGGAGCAGCCUCUGCUGCGGGAUCCGGAUCAAGAGCUGUCCGUGCCUGUGGAGGAACCGGUCAAGAAAAGGGACGCCGGCACACCGCCCAUUUGCAAGACGCCCCAAGUGGCGGCGAAUGGCGACGCAAAGAGUCCGACAUUGGUUUACAAGAACCACGUGCACCACAACAGGCCGCCUCCACAGCACAUGCAUCACCAGUCGCAGCAGCAGCAGCAGCCACAUCACCAGCAUCCUUCGGGGAAGCGCAUCUUUCACAACCGCACGCUGAACAAUAACCCUAACAGUAGACAUAGUACUAACAACCCUCAUGCAUGUGGUGGUGGCGGGGUCCCUCAUUCAAAUCCCAACAGUAGCAAUAGCGGCGGGAACAGCAACAACCCGGCCAUGCUCCCGUUUCUGGCGGGAACUCCGGGCACCUACAAUCGCACCACAAACCGCCUUAACCACGGUCCCCUGCUAACCGCCACCCACUACAACAUCUGCAAGAACCACCAGCACAGCCUGCAGCAGCAGCAGGCGCACCACCUGGCUCGUGGCUUGGUCUACAACUCCAGUCUCUUCGGCCACGGACCGCGCCAUCCGGGACUGCUGUCUCUGGCGGGAGCUGGUGUGGGCGUGGGUGGGCCAGGUGCUCCGCUGUUGGGUCAUCCUUCGCAUGUCCGGGGUGGUGGCGGUCCCAUUAGCUUCCAUGCGGCGGCAGCGGCUGCAGCCGUGGCCGCCAAUAGUAUUAGCUACCAUCAUCAUCACCAUCAGCACCAACAGAAACCGAAAAUCGUUAUAAAACCCUUCAAAAUUCACGAUUCACAGCCCCUAGUCGCAGCGCUCGCGGACAGCUCACUGGUGGACGCCAUCGUCUCCAAGGUAUCCACGGCCACCGUGGCGGCGGCGGAGAGUGCGGCCCGUAGGAGCCGUAGUCGAGAGCGUCGGAGCCGGAGUCGCAGCAAGAGGCGCACCAGCACCAGCCAUCAUCGACAUCACUCCAGCAGCCGGUCGAGAUCGCGCUACAGCUCGUCCAGCAGUCGCAGCGGAUCGCGCAGCUCAAGGUCCCGUUCCGGGUCGCACUCCUCCCGCUCCAGCUGCUCCUCGCACAGCAGCUCGGGCAGCUCCUCCUCCGGCAGCGGCUCCGGAUCAUCGCAGUCCGGCUCUCGAUCGCCCUCCAUCCCAAGGCGUCGCGGCUCGCCCAGCUUCCUAGACAGACGUCGCAUAACGAGCGCUCGCAAGCGACCGAUUCCCUAUCACCACAAGGCGAACGCCGAUGGAGAGGCGGAGGAGGCCUCAAGUUGCUGCUCCAGUUGCUUCAGCCGCGCCAGCAGUCCUGCCACGCCCCUUCUUACGCCUCUGCGCAACAGCCGAAGUCCCUCGACGAUCGCCUUCUGAGUGUUAACCGCGUCGCUGCGCAAGAUGUGCCGCGAGUCCUGAGACACGGUUGCCCCUCAAUCAUCACCAUCAUCCUAGUCACCUGCUCUAGUCAUACUCCUAGUCCUAAGAUAGUUGUUAUGCGCAUUUAACUUGUUUUACACCGCAUUCCGUAGCCCUAAGUUAGUCAUCUGCCCAUGAAUUUACUAGCGAAAUUAUAUUGUAGCUCCGAUAUUAUGCCAAUAAUACUCGUUCGUAAGCCUUUGCUCGAUUAUUUGCUAGUUCUAAGCCGCGUUUAAUAAAAAAAAACAUUAUUUGUUGCAUCUCUAAA